AUGUUACACCAUCACUGUCGGAGGAACCCUGAACUACAGGAAGAGUUGCAGAUUCAGGCUGCAGUAGCUGCUGGGGAUGUUCACACCGUGCGCAAGAUGUUGGAACAGGGCUAUUCUCCAAAUGGUCGAGAUGCCAAUGGCUGGACCUUGCUUCAUUUCUCUGCAGCAAGAGGGAAAGAGAGAUGUGUUCGUGUAUUUCUUGAACACGGAGCUGAUCCCACAGUUAAGGACUUAAUUGGAGGCUUCACUGCUCUGCAUUAUGCUGCCAUGCAUGGCCGGGCAAGGAUUGCACGCUUGAUGUUGGAAUCAGAAUAUAGAAGUGACAUUAUCAAUGCAAAAAGCAAUGAUGGUUGGACUCCCCUCCAUGUAGCAGCCCACUAUGGCAGAGACUCAUUUGUCAGACUCCUGCUGGAGUUCAAGGCUGAGGUUGAUCCGCUCAGUGAUAAAGGUACUACACCGCUUCAGUUAGCCAUUAUCCGAGAGAGGUCAAGCUGCGUGAAAAUCCUUCUGGAUCACAAUGCCAACAUCGACAUUCAAAAUGGUUUCCUGUUACGAUACGCUGUGAUCAAAAGCAAUCACUCUUACUGCCGAAUGUUUCUUCAGAGAGGGGCGGAUACAAACUUGGGCCGCUUAGAAGAUGGACAGACACCAUUACACUUGUCUGCUCUUAGAGAUGAUGUGCUUUGUGCACAAAUGUUAUAUAAUUAUGGAGCAGACACUAACACAAGGAACUAUGAAGGACAGACCCCAUUGGCUGUUUCAAUAAGUAUUUCUGGAAGUAGCCGACCCUGUCUGGAUUUCUUACAAGAAGUAACAAGACAGCCCAGAAACUUGCAAGAUCUAUGCCGAAUUAAAAUCCGCCAGUGUAUAGGCCUUCAAAACCUAAAACUGCUUGAUGAACUACCCAUUGCCAAGGUCAUCAAAGACUAUUUAAAACACAAGUUUGAUGAUAUCUGA